AUGGGCAACGAGGCGAGCUUGGAAGGGGAAGGGCUCCCCGAAGGGCUGGCGGCGGCGGCGGCGGCGGCGGCGGCCGGAGGAGGGGCUGGCGGGGCGGGGAGCCCCUUGCACACCGUGAUCCCGGCCGGCAUGGAGGCGGAUCUGAGCCAGCUGAGCGAAGAGGAGAGGAGACAGAUCGCCGCUGUCAUGUCAAGGGCGCAGGGGCUGCCCAAGGGAAGCGUUCCUCCGACUGCUGCGGAGUCGCCUUCCAUGCACAGAAAACAAGAAUUGGAUAGUAGUCACCCUCCAGAGCAACCAGGAAAACCACCGGACCCUGGGCGUCCAGCUCAACCUGGUCUCAGUAAAAGUAGAACUACAGACACUUUUAGGUCAGAGCAGAAAUUGCCUGGAAGGAGUCCUUCCACUAUUAGCUUAAAGGAAUCAAAGUCCAGAACUGAUUUCAAGGAAGAGCACAAGUCAAGUAUGAUGCCUGGUUUCCUCUCAGAGGUUAGCCCUUUAAGUGCUGUCUCCUCUGUUGUAAAUAAAUUCAACCCGUUUGAUUUGAUAUCAGACUCUGAUGCAUCACAGGAAGAAACUGCCAAGAAACAAAAAGUAGCUCAGAAAGAACAAGGGAAACCUGAAGGAAUCUCAAAGACUCCGUCACAGCAACAGUUACCCAAGCCAGUUCCUAAGCAGCAAGGGCCUCUUAAGGUCCCACUUCAGCAGGAAGGCUCUCCCAAAUCAGUAUCUUCUCAGCAACCAGAAAAAACUAAAUCACAACCUCCAGGGGCAGGAAAACCAAGUCAGGAACCUACACACGCUCCUCAGACAGACCAGGCAAAAUUGCCACUUCAACGAGACCCAACCAAGCCUCAGACUAAACAGCCAGGCACAGUAAAGGGAGAAUCAGCUAAACCCUCACUGCAAACCCCAUCCAAACCUCCUGUUCAGCAAACAACUCCUGGAAAACCUCCAGACCAGCAGCCUGGACCCGAAAAACUUUCUACACAACAGCCUGGGCUGGCAUCAGGGUCAGUGAAGCCCCUACCUCAGCCACUGACAGCAAAGCCCCCAGCUCUGCCACCAACAACAGCAAAGGUUUCUUCUCAAAAGGCUGGGUUAGAGAAACCUCCAUCUCAGCAGCCUGGGCCAAAGUCUCCAGCUCAGCCUUCUGGAAGUGCAAAGACUCCAGCACAGCAGCCAGGGCCAGCAAAGCCCUCAGCUCAGCAGCUGGGGUCACCAAAACCCCCAGCUCAACAACCUGGGCCACAGUCUUCAGCUCUGCAGCCUGGGCCUGCAAAGACUGGAGCUCAGCAGGCUGGGCCUUCAAAGUCUCCAGCUCAGCACUCUGGGCCAGGAAAGACUCCAGCUCAACACCAGGGUUCUGCAAAGCUCCCCGCUCAACAACCAGGCCCUACAAAAGCCCCUGCUCAGCAGCCAGGCCCUGGAAAGCCUCCUGCUCUACAGCCGGGCACAGCAAAGCCUCCCACUCAACAGCCGGGCCCAGCAAAGCCCUCAGCUCAGCAAUCUACAAAACCAGUAAGCCAAACAGGAGCUGGGAAACCUCUACAGCCACCAACAACUUCUCCGUCUGCAGCACAGACUACAGUACAAGGCCUCCCUAAAACCAUCUGUCCCCUUUGCAAUACCACUGAACUUCUGUUGCAUGUUCCAGAAAAGGCCAAUUUUAACACGUGCACUGAGUGUCAAGCCACUGUCUGUAGCCUCUGUGGCUUUAAUCCCAAUCCUCAUUUAACCGAGAUAAAAGAAUGGCUCUGUUUAAACUGUCAGAUGCAGAGAGCUCUUGGAGGUGAUCUGGCUCCAAUUCCUCCAUCACCGCAACCCAAACCGAAGACUGCCCAUGUUGUUCCUACACCGGCAGGAAGCAAAUCGGCCCCACAAUCACAGCAGUCUUCCCCAAAGAAGGAUGCUGCCCCCAAACAGGAUAUCUCAAAGCCACCUGAGUCGAAAAAGCCUCCACCUCUAGUGAAACAACCAACCCUUCACGGUUCUCCCCCAGCCAUGGCCAAGCAGCCUUCUGUAACAGAGCCCUUGCCCCAGCCAGCCCUUCCCAAAGAACCUUCUGUCCCACCUGAGCAGGCCAAGGCCCUCGUGGCUGUUGCUAAACCAAAGCAGCCCAAGACAGUAAAGCCGGCCACAGACAUUGUAUCUUCAUCAUUAGCAGCAACAAAACCUGAAGUUCCAAGCGCCAAAGUACAGGCACAGGCUCCAGAGAAAACAACCCCUCCUCUAAAAACAGACUCUGCCAAACCCUCACAAAGUUUUCCACCAACAGGAGAAAAAGUCACCCCAUUUGAUUCUAAAGCCAUACCUCGGCCUGCAUCAGACUCGAAAAUUAUUUCACAUCCUGGGCCUAGUUCAGAGAUCAAAGGUAAAAAACAAGUUGAUCCAGCUCCAAAGAAGGAAGAUCCCAAGAAAGCACAAACCAAAAUGAGUCCAAAGCCAGAUGCCAAACCCUCGCCAAAAGCAUCACCAACUCCCCCUGGUUCACGACCUACCACUGGCCAAACUCUCCCUGCAUCACAGCAGCCGCCAAAGCCUCAGGAGCAGUCAAGACGUUUUAGUCUGAAUCUGGGAAGUAUCACUGAUUCCCCUAAAUCACAGCCCACAACUCCUCAAGAAACUGUGACUGGUAAACUCUUUGGGUUUGGAGCAUCCAUCUUUAGCCAGGCAUCAAAUUUGAUUUCCACAGCAGGCCAGCCUGGACCUCAUUCACAAAGUGGGCCCGGGGCCCCGACAAAGCAAGCCCCUCCUCUUUCACAGCCACCUACUUCUCAGGGGCCACCCAAAUCUACAGGUCAGAUACCACCAGCACCUGCAAAGGUCAUACCUGUGAAAAAAGAAACAAAAGCUCCAGUAGCUGAAAAACUAGAGCGCAAAGUUGAACAAGUUCCAACAGUAAAAAGAACAGAAACAGAAAAGAAGCCUCCACCUACUAAGGAUAGCAAACCUUCAACAACUGAGCCUCAAAAGGCUGUCCUUCCCCCUAAACUGGAGAAAACCCCCGAAGCAGAAUCCAUUUGUCCUCUCUGCAAAACUGAACUCAACAUAGGUUCUAAGGAUCCUCCUAACUUCAGUACUUGCACUGAAUGCAAGAAUAUAGUGUGUAAUCUCUGUGGAUUUAACCCUACACCACACUUGACUGAGUAUAUAAAAAUGAGAAGCUGUCUGCAGUGCGCGUUGGAGAAUUACCAGCUAGAAUGCAAACAGAAUAAUGUUAACAUCAGAGGAGUAGCGUAUGUGUGGGUGGCUGAAAUAUCAUUGAAAUAA